CCCAAAGUGUGAAAGAGCAAACAGUGUUAGCCAGCGAGCUCCGUUCCUGGUGCCUGCAGUCCAUAACCUGGAAGAUACAUCCUUGGGAGCUGCAGGCUUGUAGUGUUGGGGUCAAAAAAAAAGAAAUAAACCAAAGAAGCCAAGAAGAAAAAGAUGAGUCUGGAAGCUAAGUACCGUGCAGCUUCCCUCUACGUGGGUGACCUCCACGAAGAUGUCACGGAGGACAUGCUGUUCAGGAAAUUCAGCACAGUGGGGCAGGUGUUGUCCAUCCGAAUCUGCAGGGACCUCAUUUCCCAUCGUUCACUAGGCUACGCCUAUGUCAAUUUUCUCCAGGUUAAUGAUGCCCAGAAGGCCUUAGACACCAUGAACUUUGACGUGAUCAAAGGUAAAUCCAUCCGUCUCAUGUGGUCUCAACGGGAUGCUUGCCUGAGGAGAUCGGGAAUCGGGAAUGUGUUUAUCAAGAAUCUGGACAAAUCCAUUGAUAACAAAACCUUGUAUGAACACUUCUCACCUUUUGGAACGAUCAUGUCUUCCAAGGUGAUGACUGAUGGAGAAGGCUCCAAGGGAUAUGGCUUCGUGCACUACCAGGACCGGAGAGCAGCAGACAGGGCCAUUGAGGAGAUGAAUGGGAAGCUGCUGAGGGAGAGCACUUUGUUCGUAGCCAGAUUCAAAAGCCGUAAGGAUCGGGAGGCUGAGCUCAGAGACAAACCAACUGAAUUCACUAAUGUGUAUAUCAAAAACUUUGGAGAUGACAUAGACGAUGAGAAGCUCAGGGAAGUUUUCAGCAAAUAUGGCCAAACUUUGAGUGUUAAGGUGAUGAAAGAUGCCACUGGGAAGUCCAAAGGCUUUGGAUUUGUGAGUUUUGAUAGCCACGAGGCUGCGAAAAACGCAGUUGAAGACAUGAAUGGACAGGACAUAAAUGGGCAGACGAUUUUUGUAGGCAGAGCCCAGAAGAAGGUAGAACGACAGGCUGAGUUAAAGGAAAUGUUUGAGCAGAUGAAAAAGGAAAGAAUCCGUGCACGCCAGGCAGCUAAGCUCUACAUUAAGAACCUGGAUGACACCAUCGAUGAUGAAACACUGCGCAAGGAAUUUUCAGUCUUUGGGUCCAUUUGCAGGGUUAAAGUGAUGCAGGAAGCAGGGCAGAGCAAAGGCUUUGGCUUGAUCUGCUUUUUCUCCCCGGAGGCAGCAGCUAAAGCAAUGGCUGAGAUGAAUGGCCGCAUCCUUGGCUCCAAACCCCUCAACAUUGCACUGGGUCAGAAGCACUGAGCCCAACAUGAUCCUACCUCGCAAUCUGAGCAGCAGCUAGGAGAACAAUAUUGUUCUCCAUCUUUCGGGUGCUAUAAGGAAGGG